CUAUGGUCUGCACGUUCUGUGCUCCUUGGCUCGUGCUGUCGGUAGAAGUUUUGGAUUUUUCGUGCAAAUUCUACGUUAACUUAUUUAGACUUCCUUCUAUGAAUUAAGUUAACACUUGCAGUCAUGUCUUGGUUAUUCGGAUAUAGUACGAAGCCUCCACAGCCGCCUACUGAUGAGCCUCCGGCUGAGGGUGGUGCAGGGGCUUCAGCCCCCGUAGCCCUGACUAAAGCGGAGAAGAAGGCCAUGGAGGCAUACAGGUUCGACUCCAGCGCCUUGGAGCGCGCCGCUCAGGCUGCUAAGGAACUCGAAAGAUCUAGACAUGCCAAAGAAGCUUUGGAGCUCAGCAAGCUGCAGGAGGCCACGCGCCAGCAAGAGCAAAUGGCUAAAAUCAAGGAAUAUGAAGCUGCCAUAGAACAUGCCAAAGUAGACCAGAAGAAGGUUGACUAUGAAGAGAGGCGUAAGACGCUUCAAGAAGAAACGAAACAGCACCAAAUGCGUGCUCAGUACCAAGAUCAAUUAGCCAAGAAGAGAUAUGAAGAACAAUUGGUACAACAACAGAGAUCUCAAGAAGAAAUUUUAAGAAAGCAGGAGGAAAGUGUAGCCAAACAAGAGGCCUUACGUCGAGCAACGAUUGAACAUGAAAUGGAGCUUCGUGAGAAGAAUAAACUGAAAGCCAUAGAAGCCGAGGCAAGAGCUCGAGCUAAAGCUGACCGUGAGAACCGAGACAUUACUAUGGAACAAAUCAGGCUCAAGGCAGCAGAGAACAGGACUACUAUUAUAGAGAGUAUCAAGACUGCAGGGAGUGUAAUUGGCACAGGAUUAAAUGCUCUUGUGACAGAUUGGGAUAAGACAUUAGCGGCGGCUGGUGGUUUGUCUCUACUUGCUCUUGGCGUUUAUACAGCUAAAGGGGCUACAUCAGUCACAGCGAGAUUCAUUGAGGCUCGAAUUGGCAAACCCACUCUUGUUAAUGAGACUUCAAGAUUUUCUUUACUGGAAGCAUUAAAACAUCCAAUACUCACAGCUUCAAGAGCUAUUGCUAGCUUCAAGAAACCUUCCGAUGCUCUGUCUGGUGUCGUAUUGGCACCAACUUUAGAGAAUAGGCUCCGUGACAUAGCUAUAGCCACUAAGAACACUCGUUUGAACAAAGGCUUUUACAGGAAUUUACUUAUGUAUGGACCACCUGGUACCGGUAAAACAUUGUUUUCUAAGAAAUUGGCAAAGCAUUCGGGUAUGGAAUACGCUAUCUUGACGGGAGGCGAUGUGGCACCGAUGGGUAAAGAUGCUGUUGCUGCUAUUCAUAAAGUAUUUGAUUGGGCGAAUACGAGCAGAAAAGGUGUCUUGCUGUUCAUUGACGAAGCAGAUGCAUUUCUUAGAAAGCGUUCUUCUGAAAGGAUCAGCGAAGAUUUACGGGCGGCGUUGAAUGCCUUCUUGUACCGUACGUCGGACCAGAGUAAUCGUAUUAUGUUGGUUCUCGCAUCGAACACGCCUCAACAGUUCGAUUCGGCUAUCAAUGACCGCUUAGACAAAAUGAUCGAGUUUGGAUUGCCAGGUUUUGAAGAACGCGAGCGUUUGAUACGUCUGUACUUCGAUAAAUUUGUGCUUCAACCAGCUUCAGAAGGGAAGAGGCGUUUGAAUGUGGACCAGUUUGACUAUGGUGCUCUGUGUACGAAAUUGGCGGAGCGCACAGCCGGCAUGUCCGGGCGUGCUCUGUCUAAGCUGGGAGUGGCGUGGCAGGCAGCUGCGUACGCGUCGGAUGACGGCCGCCUUACCGAACAGAUGUGCAUUGAAAUCUGCGAUGACGCCGUCAAGGAUCACCGUCAGAAGAUGGCGUGGUUGUCAGCCGAAGAGAAGUCUCAAAGUAUGAUGCCUUAUCUCCUGAAUUUGCCGCCUUUAGAUCGCCCUGAAGAUGCUGGUAAAGCCAAGGUAACCGAAAUUGAGAAAAAGGAUGUUACCAAAUCAAAGUCAUCCCAAAAGAAGUCUGCUGAAAAGCAAGUAGAAACAGAGAAGUGACACCAUCUGAACACUUGUGAUGAAUUAGUUAAACAGACAGAUCUACAAUACAUAUUAUGUUCUAAUAACAACGCAAGAGAAGUGAACUGUGAUACAGAUAACAAAUUCAUGUUUGAUUUCAAGAUUUAUAACUCUAACAAAUAUAUUGCAUUAACUGAUCGACACAUGGCAAUUUUGCGGCGACUGUCACAAAAGUUAAAGAAGAGAAAAGGAAAACCUCACCAGAACCUGUAAUGUUGGCAAAUAUUGUGCAUUUGUUUAAUUCAAUUUCUCUGCCAUUAUUGAAUGCAUUCCUAGACAAAUUGUAUCAUGAUAUUUGCUAGUAUUUGUACCAAGGGUUGUCAUGGUUUUAUCAGAUACCUAUUUAGUUUGGCAAAUGGCCAGAUCCUAUAAUAAAUUCGAAACAACAAAAACUUGU